AUAUCACAUUCGUUAAGACAUUUACAUUCUCACGUCAUCUUUCAUAGGUUAGAAACAGUUUUUCUUCAGUGAUUUAAGAAACAUCAGUAUAAAUUUUUUAUAGUGUUCAUCUUACAAUAUAAGAUUCAUCGAUUAAGACUAUUCAUAAUAAAUCAUUCAAGCGUUAUAGAAAAUGAAAGUUACGAUAAAAAGUUGGACUGGUGUUGCCACCUGGCGUUGGAUAGCGAAUGAUGACAAUUGUGGUAUAUGUAGAAUGCCUUUUGAUGCCAGUUGUCCUGAUUGUAAAAUUCCAGGAGAUGAUUGUCCUUUAGUUUGGGGCCAAUGCUCACAUUGCUUCCACAUACACUGCAUCAUGAAGUGGUUGCAUUCCCAACAAACCAGUCAUCUCUGUCCGAUGUGUCGUCAAGAAUGGAAGUUCAAGGAGUAGCUGGUUUGCCGAUAGUCCCGCAGGUGUCAGCACGCAACGAAUAAUCAGCAUACAAGAAAGGAUCGCUAUGUCUUCCCUGCAAGGUCUACCACCGUUACCAAGGAGUCUUAGUGGGUUUAAUUUGAGUGGUGGACGAAGCGAGGGUUGCGAACCACCUCCGCCACCCACUAGAUCUUCCAGUAAAACGCAAAGAGGCGGUAAAACCCCGAUCCAAUCAUCGUCCAGGCCAUCACCUCCUGCUAGACAGCUUACCACAUUGGAUACACAACUGGCUAUACUGAGGAGAGAAAUGUUUGGUCUUCGACAAUUGGAUCUUUCUUUGCUCGCUCAACUUUGGUCGUUAAACGAAUCUAUUCAAGAAUUUCGACAACUUUUACAAGAACAAGAAGACAGAGCACCAUCCCCUUCCCCUAGCAGUGAAGAAGGGGAUGACACCUCUUAUGGAACUCAUCCUCCACCACCUCCGAGAAGACCAGCUCCUGGUGUACAUUUACACAGACCGCCUAGACCACCCAGACCGCCUAGGCCACCUCCUAAUGACGAAUCGCCAUCUAGCGAGGAAUACGGAGCUGUUUGACGCGUGCAGCUACAAAUUAUUCGCAUUUUAAUCCGUCUUUCUCGACUAUUUGAUUGUAAACUUUUACGCGUUAUAGUAGAUAAAAAAUCUUGUUUAAGGAAUUAGUAGAAACUGAAUUGGCGAUUUGAUAGCAACCGAUAUGGUCGCUUCUAUCUGUACAAGUCCUAACGAAGUUAUUAGAAUACAAUCUAAUGCAUCGUUAUAAAAAACUUAUUGAUGCUCGAAGGUACCUGUAAUAUUACGGAGACAUCGGAAAAAUUAACUAUUCAAGAACUGUUCUAAUUACAAUCCAUCAUUUCAUAUGUCUCUGCAAAAUCAUGCAUCGCAUAAAUUUAUGGAAGAUUAAUUAUUAGGAAACAUAUAUCAUUCGUUGACCCACGAAUUUAUCAAUGUCAAUCCAGAAGAACAACGAUCCUCUUUCUCUUAUUAUAUAUACGUAGAUAUAUUUCUUAUUAGGUAAGGAAGAAGUUUAUUGUCCUUGAUGAGAACUAUUUUCGUUCAAUAUGCUCUUUUUCUCUAUUUGUGAUAGCAGUCGAAGGGGCCUUUAAUUAACUACGAUAGACAUUCGUUUGCGCUAAUCGAGAAUUAUCCACAAUCAUUGAUUGGAAGACAUUACAAAAGAUCCGAGCCUACGGGAUAAUAAAACGGCUAGUGAGAUCCAAAGAACCGCAUUCGAAAGUUCUUGUUUCUUCCAUGUUUCUUCACUAUUACGUCCAUUACAGAAUUUUUUUUCUUGUUAAAGUAAAACGCACUGAUAUGCCAGACGAUAAGAAUUUUCGAAUUACGAUACGACGUAUAAAGAUUUAUGUAGAUUAAUUCGAGUGUGUAAAAUAAAGUAAAGAACAAAUGAUAUGGAAAA